ACCGUUAAUACAAACGUUCAUUUUUUUUCUCUCUCACUAUUUUGUGACGCGUUCUAUUAUUCUCUCUUUUUGGUUCAUAUAAUAAUUGUGUUCUCGCGCUCCAUUUCUCGCCGGCCAAUUUUACAGGCGCGAGACACCGGCGAUUCUUCCAGAUCAGUCGCCGGCGAUUUCUCCGCCUCCGGUCGUUUUUUUUCUGAAUUCGGAGAUCUCUCCGUUUCGCGUUCCGAUUUAGAUUUAGUGUUGCAAAGUGUGGGAAUGCGGUUUGGAAUUCGAGGUUUACUCAUUUUCUCUUGAGCUUUUGUUCGUUUUGAAUCUGGUUGGCAUCGGUUGUGGAUCAAGGAAAGUGAAAUUGGAAGAAGUGUAAUUGUUAGAGAUUUUAGGGUUGGGUAUUGUGUACAUUGAUAGAAGGGAGGGUUAUGAAGGAGCCGUUGUUGUGGGGAAGAGAAGACAAGAGUAGGAGCAAAAGAGGGAAAGUGAUUUGGGAAGGGUUGAUGAUGAUGAGUAAGAAUAAGGUUGAGAAGUUGAAGAAUACGGUGACGGUGAGGUCUUCCAGGAUGAACUUGUGGAUGAUACGAGCUACCACGUCGGUGAUAUUGUGGAUUUGCAUUGUUCAGUUAACUGCAUUUGGUGAUAUGUGGGGUCCUAGAGUUUUGAAAGGUUGGCCUUCGUGUUUUACUCAAGAAUCUGCAAUCGUUGAGUUUCCGGCUGCUCUGCCCAGGGUUCUUCCACCCAAGAGGGUUUAUAAAAACAAUGGUUACUUGAUGGUGUCUUGCAAUGGAGGAUUGAAUCAAAUGAGAGCGGCGAUAUGUGAUAUGGUGGCAAUUGCAAGAUAUUUAAAUGUCACGCUAAUAGUCCCUGAAUUGGAUAAAGCAUCCUUUUGGGCUGACCCCAGUGAGUUCCAAGAUAUAUUUGAUUUGGAUCAUUUUAUUACAUCCUUGAGAGAUGAGGUGCGGAUAUUGAAAGAGCUGCCAACCAGACUCAAGCGAAAAGUGGAAAAUGGAUUUCUUUACACCAUGCCCCCGAUUAGUUGGUCUGACAUGUCAUACUAUAAGAAUCAGAUUCUGCCAUUGAUACAAAAGUAUAAAGUUGUCCAUUUAAAUCGAACGGAUGCUCGGUUGGCAAAUAAUGGACAAUCUUUAGAGAUUCAGAAGCUGCGUUGCCGAGUCAAUUUUAGUGCUCUUAGAUUUACUCCUCAGAUUGAGGAGUUAGGCAGAAAGGUGAUCAAUCUUCUGAAACAGAAUGGCCCAUUUCUGGUACUUCACCUGAGGUAUGAGAUGGACAUGUUGGCAUUUUCUGGCUGUACUCAAGGUUGCAACAGUGACGAGGUAGAAGAAUUGACAAGGAUGAGAUAUGCUUAUCCUUGGUGGAAAGAAAAAAUAAUUAAUUCCGAUUUGAAAAGAAAAGAUGGUUUAUGUCCUCUAACACCCGAAGAGACUGCUCUUGCGCUUAGGGCCUUUGACAUUGAUCAAAACAUUCAAAUCUACAUUGCUGCUGGGGAAAUAUAUGGUGGGAGUAGGAGAAUGGCCAGUCUAGCAAAGAACUAUCCAAAAUUGGUCAGAAAGGAAACACUGUUGGAACCGUCUGAACUCCAGUUCUUCCAAAACCAUUCCUCUCAAAUGGCAGCAUUGGAUUAUCUUGUUUCAUUAGAGAGUGAUAUCUUUGUUCCUACAUAUGAUGGAAAUAUGGCCAAAGUAGUUGAAGGUCAUCGCAGAUAUCUUGGGUUCAAGAAGACAAUUUUAUUGAACAGAAAGCUCUUAGUUGAGUUGAUAGAUCAAUACAACAAUGGAGCAAUGAGCUGGGAUGAAUUCUCUUCUGCCGUGAAGCAAUCUCAUGCAGAUCGCAUGGGCGGCGCAACGAAAAGAUUGGUAAUACCUGAUCGACCAAAAGAAGAGGAUUUUUUCUAUGCCAAUCCAGAGGAAUGUUUAGAACCAUCAGAAGACGACACAUCGAGAAGUACAUCGUAAGUGGAGUGUUUGGAAAAUAAUGGAAUAGUACUUAUGUCCUCUACUUGUGCACUUAGCUUUCUGCCUAUGACAUUAAAUUUACACAGUUUUAGCAAAGGGAAGCCAUAGUGUCUGUUAGAAGAAGGGUUGGGGGUAGACUUUUUUCAUGAAAAAAAAAGCUUGAGGAGGUCAAGAAAAUUAGCCAGGGUAGUUUUAUAUAUAAAAUAUGGAAAUAAACCAACCAUCACAUUCAAUGUAUAGAAGCUACCCUGCCAUUACAGGGUGAGAGCCGAUCAAACUGCAUUGUACACUGAGGCAUUGAUUCAUAUACACAUAUCUUGCAACAUGCAGUUCAUAGAAGCUUUAGUCCUUGAUACCUUUCAUUUUUUCCCUCUCCCUGAUAUAUAUAAAUAUAUGAUAAGAUGAUAUUUUCCUCUUUUA